GGCGGGGGGGGGGGGGUGCGGGGGCGGCCGCCACACCUCGGGCUCCGGGCGCCCGGGGCCGCGCGGGCGGAGCCGCCCUGAGUGCCGCGCGUGUCCCCGGCCCCGGCCCCGCCCCGCGCCGUCCAAUGAGAGCCUGCGGCCGCGGGGGCUGUCCGCGCACUCGGCCCGCAGCCCCGACACCGCGCCCUCGCCGGCCAGUGCGCCCGGCUCCCUCGCUCCGCUCCGUGCCGCGCCGUCCGGGAUCGGUCUCGGGGAGCCGCUCCUCGCACCCGCCCCCACGCUCCAACUCCGGUUCCAGCCGCCCAGGUGCUCCCGGGACCCCUCGCCCGCGCGUCCCAUGGCCCCCCAGGGGGGAGAAGGCGGAGCAGCCUGAGCACCCGCGCCCCGUCCACGCCCCUCGGGGCCGCGCGGCGAGAGUUCGGGGGAGCUAUGCUGAGGCCAGGGGUCGCGGAGGAAGCCGCGCAGCUCCCCUCUCGGCGCGCCCGCGCCCCUGUCCCCACACCCGCGCCCACACCCGCGCCCGCGCCCGCGCCCAGACCCGCCGCCCCCGACGGCCCGGCCCGCUGCGGCCUCGCCUGCCUGCUGCUGCUGUUGCUGCUGACGCUGCCGGCCCGCGUGGACACGUCCUGGUGGUACAUCGGGGCCCUGGGGGCCCGAGUGAUCUGUGACAACGUCCCUGGCCUGGUGAGUCGGCAGCGGCAGCUGUGCCAGCGUUACCCAGACAUCAUGCGCUCAGUGGGCGAGGGUGCUCGAGAAUGGAUCCGGGAGUGUCAGCACCAGUUCCGCCACCACCGCUGGAACUGCACCACGCUGGACCGGGACCACACGGUCUUUGGCCGUGUCAUGCUCAGAAGUAGCAGGGAGGCAGCAUUUGUGUAUGCCAUCUCAUCAGCAGGGGUGGUUCACGCUAUCACACGUGCCUGCAGCCAGGGGGAACUAAGUGUGUGCAGCUGUGACCCCUACACCCGCGGCCGACACCAUGACCAACGAGGCGACUUUGACUGGGGUGGCUGCAGUGACAACAUCCACUAUGGCAUUCGUUUUGCCAAGGCCUUUGUGGAUGCCAAAGAGAAGAGGCUUAAGGAUGCCCGGGCCCUCAUGAACUUACAUAACAACCGCUGUGGUCGCACGGCUGUGCGUCGGUUCCUGAAACUGGAGUGUAAGUGCCACGGCGUGAGUGGCUCCUGCACUCUGCGCACCUGCUGGCGUGCCCUCUCAGACUUCCGCCGGACAGGUGAUUACCUAAGGCGGCGCUAUGAUGGGGCUGUGCAGGUGACAGCCACCCAGGAUGGUGCCAACUUCACAGCAGCCCGCCAAGGCUAUCGUCGUGCCACCCGGACCGACCUUGUCUACUUCGACAACUCCCCAGACUACUGUGUCUUGGACAAGGCUGCAGGUUCUCUAGGCACUGCAGGCCGUGUCUGCAGCAAGACGUCAAAAGGGACGGAUGGUUGUGAAAUCAUGUGCUGUGGCCGAGGGUAUGACACAACUCGAGUAACCCGUGUUACCCAGUGUGAGUGCAAGUUCCACUGGUGCUGUGCCGUACGGUGUAAGGAGUGCAGAAACACUGUGGAUGUCCAUACCUGCAAGGCCCCCAAGAAGGCAGAGUGGCUGGACCAGACCUGAAUGUAGAGAUACCUCACUCAUCCCUCCACUCCAAACCUCCUGACUCAAAAAGCACAAGAUCUUUGCAUGCACACCUUCCUCCACCCUCACUCAGCCCUGGGCUGCCACAGCUUCUAUUUAAGGACUUGAAGAGUGACCCAGAGAGACUCUGGUGUCCUGGUUGGCUCCUUAGCCCUGGGAAGGAGUUGGCAAGGCAUGUAAGAAACAGUGGCUUCCAGACUCCCACCUCUGGAGGCUAGAAGGGAGAGUGGGAAAGGUAGGGGUCUUCAGAGUGAUAUGAGUUGCACUAAAGCACAUGGUCAAGUCUCUUUCUUCCUUUCUCUUGCACUGGCUUCCUGACACUAUUUGUGUGUACAAAAGGAAGGGCUCCUGGGGAGAGCAGCUACCUAGCUGGCUGAAGCUAGACAGGACAGAGGUGAAACCACUUCUCUCUUCCUUGGGUCAGUUUGAGCAUACUGUCUGGUACAGCAAAAUAAACUCUCAGGCUAUGACAUUCUCCCAUUAUCAAAAGCCUGGGAUUUCUAGACAAAGGUUGCCAUCAUGGACAAGAUUACAUUCACAUGCUCAUAUGUUUAGAAACUGCUGUGUUUUAUAGGGGAAAAUUAUGUUACUAUAUAAACAUAUACAAACUUCUAGUCUGUA